GCGGAAGGAGGCAGUGGAGGAGGCUUCAUUUCAGUGCGAGUCUGCGAAAUAGCGGCACGGUCCUCUUUGCUCAUCGAGACACCGUCUGCCUUCCUCUCCUCCCCCCCAUCCUUUCUCCACCGUUUCCUCGGCCAUAUUUCUAAUUCGGCUUAAUAAUGGUAAGUAUAUGUAUCAUGGUGGGGGGACGGGGGGUGGAGGAUUGUGGGAGUUUGAGCAUCACAGAGACCCCGUUGUUGGAGAUGCUGCGGGGGCAUCUCCCUCAGGCCGCCAUUUUCUGCAGCCACCGUCAUGCUGACGGUCGGUUCCCCUGACCGGCAGCCUAUCUUCAGUGGCCGCUGAGCCAAGACGCCGGCUGUGUUUUUGUUCCCACUGUACCUGGCUUAGACUAUCUAGCAGCCUUUAACUAUCUUAAAGCUGGAAUUGUGACAUGUCGACGCAAUCUGUGGUGACUGCAUUGCACACUGCUUACCCGUUAUCUCACGGCUGUGAUGCUCAGGAACACCUGUAAUGAUGGCGGCCGCGCUCCCCUUUCUGGCUUUCUCUCAUUGAUGCCGACUUUACGUUGGGGGGGGCGCUGCGCGCUCACUCUCUCGCGCUCAGUGUGUGUCGCGCGGCGACAUGACAGCCCUUUUGGUCCUCGAGCAGCGAGUGCCGUUAUAUUACUGGGUGUGGCCAAGGAUCGCGUUACGGCUCCAUCCGCACAAACAAAACGCCCGCUGACGGAUGUUUCAUACUAUUUGAGGUUUUGUUUACCCUAGUUUGUCUGGAAUAUUUCCAUGCGCAUCUUAAGAUGCAGUGGUUGUGAUUUUAAGGUGGCUUUAAAUGCAGGACCACCCCCGGUGAGUGACGGCAGGGAUGGUGCCGUUACACGGGCGGGUGCGGUGAAUUGUCAACUGGCUCACAGAGCAGUCUGAAGGCUCGCGUGCGCCUGGUGUCUGGAGGCGCGCGCGCAAUCCGUUAGUGUGGGGUUUUUUUAAUUUUUUUUCCUUCUUGUCUUUCUGUGGCUGUCCGCGCGCCCAGCGCUCCCUCCCGCCGUUACAUGUCCCCGAGCUAGUUAGUGAGGCCGUGUCAGUGGCGAGCAGUACACAUAUAUUAAAUGUACGAGCAACUUCUAGCGGCUGUCAAGCGUUAAACAGCCGUUGUGACUACACUGGAAACUGAUGUGGAAAUACAAACUGGGCAUGAUAAUGUCCUCCUUCCCUGUGUUCUGGGGGGGUGGGAUCCUAGCUCAGGGAUAGGCCGCUUUCAGCACUACAUCUCCCAUUAAUGCUCUUAGCCGCAAUGGACCAGAGUCAGGGGAGAUGCAACCAUCAGCGCCCAUAAUUUGGAUGGCAUCUUUCUAACUGGAACAAUAGUAUUUUAUUUAUUUAGCACCAAGUUUCAAACCCCCUCUGGGACAACUGGUCAGGAGUUUCCCAAAAAGAGAACUCGACACAUUACUUUUGUAUAUUAAACUUGCCGUCAAUGCAGAAGCUUAAAAAAAAAAAAACCACCACUGAUUCUGAUCAGUUUUUAUUUAUUGUAAAAGGAAAGAAACUAAAAUACAAAUAACUGUAGACCACUUAACUUUUUUGUUUUAAUUUAAAAAAACACAACUUGUGCAAUCAAAUGUGUCUACAAUUGAGCAUCCAGGCAGUUUCCUCUCUGCACCAAUUCUGUAAUGAGAUCAGUAAUGUCAGAUGGUUCUAGUAGAGAAUGCAGGCAUAUGGUGCAUGCACAGGAAUUGCCCUGAUCUGUCAGUCCUAUGCUGCUUUGAGAAGCACUGGCUGCUUUAAGUCAACCUGGUGCUUGCGGAGUCAGAGCACAUCCUCCUCGCUCCUAAAUCGAUGAAUAGCAGACUAAAGAACCAUUUACUGUAGUUGGACCACCAGGGAUCAUGGCCUCCCUCCAAAUUCAGAUUAGUGAGUAACUGUUCUAGUCUUUAGGCGGAUGUCCCAAUCUGGGUCUUUUUUUUACUGCCCUCCUGACUACACUACAUCUAGCUGCCCCUAGGUGCAUGCGUGCAUAUGUGUGUGGAGAUGCACUCUUCGGUCAUUAUGAAAGUGGUAUUUAAUGUACCUGAAGGACACAAAACAUACGCUAAACAUCAUUGGUAGUAUCAAACUUAAUGGGGAUGCCAUCUUAUGCAGUCUUGAUGUUGAAAGCCUAUAUAGCUCUAUACCCCAUGAUGUGGGAUUGCAACAUCUUAGAGCAAUCAUGGAUAGAACACCAGUGGUUUCGCUAAGACAUAAUGAAUUUAUUCAGGAUCUAAUGAGAUUCAUUUUAACUCAUAACCACUUUAUCUUUCAAGGCAAAUACUACCACCAGGUGAGAGGGACAGCUAUGGGGACGGCUUGUGCCCCCUCAUAUGCCAACCUCCACCUGGGAUGGUGGGAAAGCACUAUGGUGUUCAAUGCCAAUAUGGAAAAAUACACGAGACACAUUAAGUUAUGGAAAAGAUACAUCGAUGAUGUGCUAAUUAUUUGGACGGAUACAGCUGAGCUCUUUUUAGAGUUCGUGGCACUCCUCAAUCUCAAUAACAUCAAUUUGAGAUUAACCAGUGAAAUUGGGGGAAAUGUAAUUAAUUUCCUCGAUAUCACUAUCUCUUUAACAGAUGAAGGAGACCUAAUAUCCACACUCUUUCGUAAACCGACUGCAACGAAUAACCUGUUAAACUGGAUGAGCUAUCACCCUCCCUCAUUAAAAAGAGGGAUUCCAAUUGGGCAAUACCUGCGCCUUCGAAGAAAUUGCUCAAAUAUUGAAGACUUUAAAAUAAAAGCUAGAGCUUUACAACAUCAAUUUAAACAGAAGGGAUACCCGAAUAGGUGCUUAAAAUAUGCAUAUAAACGUGCAUUAUGUGAAGAGCGGUCAGAACUGUUAAAGGAUAAAAUAAUUCCUAAAUCAACACAAGAGAUUAUUAGGUGUAUAGGGAAUUUUGAUGCAGGUUGGAACCAGAUUAUGAAAAUUCUAGAUAGAUUUUGGCCCCUCCUACAUCAAGAUAUACACCUACAGAGAGUCAUUACCCCAAGAGCUUCUGUGACAGCCAGAAGGGGACGUAAUAUUAAAGACAUUUUGGUCCCUAGCCACCUAAAGAAUACACCUCAAAAAACUACAUGGCUAAAAUCCACUGUCUUAGGAACAUACCAGUGUGGCAAAUGUAAGGCGUGUAAAUUUAUACGUAGACCAUCAAAAAAGUUCCAAGAUUCCUUGGGACAACAAGAUUUUUUUAGUUAAAAAUUUCUUUAACUGUCAAACUACGGGUAUUGUGUACUUACUGUCAUGCUCCUGUAAGAAACUAUACGUGGGCAAGACCUCACGAAAAUUUAAAUUUAGGAUUGGGGAACAUGUAAACUCGGUCAAUCCGAAAAGAUUGGUCGAUACUCCAGUCUCUAAACACCUUAAAUUACAUCAUGGUGGCUCAGCAGAGGGCAUUAGAUUCUGUGGCAUUGAAAAGGUGAUUCUUGGACCAAGGGGAGGCGAUUUGGAUAAAAGGCUACUCCAAAGAGAGAGCUUUUGGAUCUACAAAUUGAAAACGCUUUCUCCCCUGGGCCUUAAUGAGGGAUUCUCGUAUGCACCUUUCAUACAAGAUUAAAACUGUACAACCUAACUUUGGUCUGUGUCGACACACUUUGUAUCUCUAUAUACCAUCAUAAAUUAUGUAAAUAAGCAUUGCAUGAAGGGUGGUAAAAAUCUAUACCUUGAUAGUUGCACUUGUAAAUUUCUGUAACUAGUAUAUGUAGAUGUGGGCUUAUAUAGCCACUCUUUAGAUUACUAUAUAUAGGGUUUUAUGUAUUUUUUAAUCUCAACCUACCUACAGUCAUAAGGAUAGUGGUCAUGUUCUCUAGCUUUGUAACUUGAGGUACUAGUAUUAAAAUUGAUGAGUUAGCCUUUGGUACCAUUAUAAGAUGUUUUCUAUAUGAUCCCUAGAUUUGGAACUUAUAACAUGGGAUGAAUAUCAAUGCAGAACUAUUUGCACAUAUCUACAAGUCUAUUUAUAUGUUAUAAUACAAUAGCGAUCCCACAUACAUAAUUAUACACAUUGGGGACACUUUAAUAUAGACCGUUUAAUAUGCAGGGUAACAGAGGCUUAAAAUAGCAUCUCGUAAGUUUGAUACAUCCUGGACACGCCUACAUGAGUGAUAGACGUCUUGUGGACAUAGAGGCGAUCGUGUAUGGAUACGCCCACAUGACGACAUGUGGGGGCGUACCAUUGAUUAAUAUGCUAGUCCUGGAGCAGGACGGAUGACGUGUUGGCUCCGCCCCCUUUAGACCAUGUGGGCGGUAGACGCAACACGGAAGUAGGAGCAGCUAGUCAAACACACGUGGGGAACAGACUAGCUAUAUACGGAUUGGCUGUCGGUAGGAGGAACACCUGGACACUUAAGGUAUUUAAGAGAUAUCACUAUGAUUAGUAAGUUGGCACCUGACGAAGGUGCACUCUCUAAGCACCGAAACGCGCGUUGGGCGUUCUGCCAAUUUUUGACACUGGGCACUGAAUGGCACCCUAGCACUAUGAAUUGCACUUAACACUUUUCUCUUCUUUUCUUAAUCCUAUACCUGUCUAGUUAGUUUACCAGGGAGAGAGGCUUUAUAAUUUAAAUAUAUAUGGCAGUGUAUUUUUGGACUGACCAUUUGUUUCUACAAACUCUAUUCUAUAUUCAAUCUCUCUACAUAUUGGACUAUUCUAGACUUUUAUUUCCUGUAUAUAGGUAAGGUCUGCUGCUUUGUAAGAUCUUUUUCCAUAUUUGGCUUGAUUUGAUACUCAUUUUUUUGAGUUUGUAUAUGCUAGCAGCAAACAUUUACUCUGGGAUUUUUUUACAUAUAUAUGUGUGUGUGUGUGUGUGUGUGUGUGUGUGUGUGUGUGUAUAUAUAUAUAUAUAGGAUAUUUGUGGAUUUUUUGCACUCAGGAAGACAGAUAUUGGCAACCAGAUAAAUGAAUACCUUUACCUAUUUAGCAUAUGUACUUUAUUAAAGCUGUCAUAUAGGAGCUAAGGUUCUUUACCAAUUUAUAUGAUACAUUGCCAGUUCUUUGCUGUGUCCUAUGUGCAUUCCCUUUAGUAAGUAUAGGAAUACUAAUAUGGACUUCACAUUCAUUCUACAUACCUUUUACUAGAUUGUUUCUAUUGUGUAGAGACACCUGGAGUCUCUUGGCGGUAUUUGAGACUCUACUGUAUAAGUGGGUCCUCCCUGUCGUUUAGGGGGGUGUGACACACAGAUACAUAUAUGGUCUCAACUAUAUGUUCGUUUGGUAUUUAAUGUAUCAAAAGAUCUACCUACAUCCGAUUGACAUUUCAAGCGAUUUGGGUCUUUAUUUUGUGACCGGUCCUGGGUGCCACCAUCUUAGUGUGGGCAGGUGAAGGCCCUGUGGGACACAUCAUCUGCACACACUAGAUAGUGCUGUGAUUCCUGCGCAUGCCCAGUAAAACACCUGGAAUUUCGUUCAUUCAUCAGACUAAAAUUAAUAGAAAUUUGAAUGAACGAAGACCUCUUUGUUUGUCUGGUUUAUUACAAGGAGGGAUCUACCGGCUCGCUGUUCCCUCCUUGUAAUAUGUGAACAUGGAAGUGGCAGGGAGCAGUGCUCCCCACCACUUCCAAACUCCCUCCAUACCCCCCUCCCAUCAUUCUAUGAGGGUCAAUGGUGCAUUUCAGAAUGUUUGCAAACAAUAGGCACCAAGAUGCUUCCACUGACCUGAAGAGAUCCUUGGUGUAGGUGAGUGAGAAAACAGACUAAGGUCUGCAUAUGGUACCGGUCAGCACGCGAGUCAUGUGAAUUUGUAGCAAGAGACAAGUUAUUAGUAUUUGUGUAGGUCACCAUGUAUUAGAGAUGUUAUCAUGAGUGGUAUCCUGAUAUGCAUAACAAACUAAACCUAUAUUAUUUAAACAUUUGUAAAGAUACGAGGCACUUGCAAUCAGCAAGAAUCAUGAGACUAAACGGGAAGCUUAACUGAUUAGUUAUUGACUUCGCUGGACAACAUAUACAAGAGUAUAAAUCCGAUUUUUAGGGAAUGUUGCUAUGUAUCAAAUUAACAGGGAGAAAGAUGAAACUGGGAUAUGUUAAGACAUAGUUCCCUAGGAGGUUUUCAGAGGCUUGUGUGCUCAGUAUGAAAGUCUAGGCGAAACAAUUCUCUCUAGCACACCUAAUGCACUUCACCACUGAACAACUUGUCUGCUCUCUUGCGCCGUCUGGGAGCUCAUUCAGCCGAUUCCUGCUGAGGCUGUAUGAUAGUUCUCCUUCCCAGCGAGGCAGUGCAAGCCUUUGGACCCAGAUGUUGGCCGGUGUAGGCCAGCUUGCAAGGUCAGGAUGAGGCGUUGCAUACCGCUGGCUUGGAAACCUGGCAGGUGGAGUAAGUAGGCUUGCUAUUGGUAGCGUAGCACCAUGCCCCAGCCGUUUAAGUUUCUGCGGCAACUUGUGCUGAGAUGGAGUUAGGUGGGUCUGCUUUCUUUUCAGCCACUGUGAGUUGGGAGCCAUGUAAAGUUUGAUCGUUUAAACAUCAGGAUGUUGGAGUUUUAGUAGGGUCUCGCACGGAGCUCUCGCUUGGUGCAACCAGUUGGCUCAGCGGGCAGGCCCUGCUUUAUUUUUAUUUUAUUUUUUUUAAACCAUCCGGAAGAACGUCUUAUUGUUUGUCAUGGCGAAUUGUAUAUGACCCCCAUAUUAGCAUAAGGGAGAUUAAAAUCUCCCAAAUGCCCCUACUAGCUAUGCUGCAAGUAGGGGCAUGUCUACUAAACAGUGAGCAGCCAGUGGCCUGCCACUCCACAAAUCAAAGGGGACCUAGCACAGGUCUCAAAUUGGUUAUACUUUGAUUUUUAUAUAGUUGCAUGGAGAUGCCUUAGGAAUAGCAUCGGUAGUUGUCCUAGUGAUGCCAGAUAACUUACUAUGGAGGCGGGCCAUGCCUCUGACGUUUUUGGAAUCACUCAGGUGUGCAGCCAAACUCCAGAGCAGUAGGCCCAACCCACUUAACGAACAGCUGGGGGUGGUUAAUGAUUCAUUUAUUCAGUAUAAAAGCAGUUUAUUUGUAUUUGAUCAUUUCUUUGUGUCCUGAUGAAAGUUCCACCCCAGAACUGAAAUGUCUACAAUUCGUGACAAUAAAUUACUUUAUUGGAAAUCCAGGAGUGCCGGCAAGUUUUCUGUUUUGCAGUUUAGAAGUGUGGCUAGGCCCCCAGUGUCAUUUGGAUGGAGGUAGGAGUGCAAAGGCUUGGACUAUUUUAAUAUAAGUAUGUACCUUGGUUUACCAAUUUAAUGGGUUCUCCGGGACGUUUCUUAUUGCGAAAAGCUUGUAAACCGAAACAUGGUUUCUCAUAGGAAUGCAUUAAAAACCAAUAAAUCCGUUCUGGAGGUCAGAAUAAAGUCAAAAUGAGCUGGCAUGGAAACAAACCCACAAUGCAGAACACACAGUAAAAGGCAUGCAAAUGAUGAAGCUCGGCUCCCUACUUUUCCACCGCUUGAGAAAUGUACCCAAACCUACUGCAAAGAAUUUCCAGAAUGUCUCCAAAACUCUAUGCAAAUGCCACUCCCAACACCUUCACACCAGACACCACGUGCUACCCACAGACUCCAGCAUGCAGCAUAGCGGUGCUAUAACCCUCCCAGUUGCAAUGCAUCCUGGGGAAACUUGCUUUGUAUUGCGAAAAAAUUUUUUUUAAACAGAGGCAUUAUUUUGAAUGGAUUUUCAUUUGUAAACCGAAACUUAUGUUAACCAAGGUUUUGGUAAACAGAGGCACCACUCUGUGUGUAUGUAUUUUAUUCAUAAAGCUACAUGUAGACUUCAAAUAUAUAAAUAUGUAUAUGAUUUAAAUUCUACAUGCAUAUUUAUGUAUUUUAUUGAUUGCAAUUUGAGGGACCUGCCUGACAACCAGGCCGAUAGUCCAGAGAAUUUAAUUUGCUAGCACUGUAUUUAACCCUGUAACUUUCCAUGACACCCUAAAACCUGUACAUAGGGGGGAGGGCUCCUCUUUUACUCAGGAGACUUUGAACACAAAUUAGUGUUUAGAAACUGUAAAACAUUUGAAGAGUGUAUGGUAGCCCAUGAAUGAGAAAUAUCCCCAUGAUGACAUAACAUUUGCAAAUACCCAAGGUAUUGCAAGUGGGGUUAUGUUCAGGUGUUUGUGUGUGGGUGGUUUUUUUUUUUUUUUUUUUUUUAAGCCACUUAGUCUCUGACACUGGCCCAAGUUAGUGUUCAUAAUUGUGUUCUACAUUUUUAAAAAUAAAUGCUAACUUUGGCCAGUGUGUUUGAAUAAGUGGCUACUAAAAAAGACUGGACAUACCCCAUAUUGAAUACUCUGGGUUGUCUGCUUAAAAAAAGUACAUGUGAGGUGUGAUUCUCAGAUUUAUGACAGAUGUGUUACAAUGUAACUAUUGAUACAUUUUGAAAAUAUAUAUUUUGAAACGGCAAUGUCCUUUUAUAGCCCUAUAACUUGCAAAAAAAGCUAACAUGUAUUUCUAAACUAUUUAGCACAGGUGUUUUUUGGCGGUUGUAGAUGUGUCAAAGUUAGUUUUUUUUUACUUUGAUCAUUUACUAUAAAAAUGAUAUUUAAAUCUUCAGAAAGACCGUUUAAGGGUGAGAAACUGUAUAAUGUGUGGGUACAGUAAAUGAGUAAGAGGAAAAUUACAGCUAAACACAAACACCGCAGAAAUAUAGAGCUCUGGUCACUAAGGGGUUAAGAGAUAACAAGGCACACCAGAGAGGACCACUAAGGGGGAGAGGAACAAUAAAUAAAUAUUCUUGAAAACAAAAUCUGACUGGCAUGUAUAUUUUGUGCAUUUACCACUUAAUAAAACAAAUUUGCUUAAAAAAAAGAACUUUUUUCAAAACGGUAAAUGUACAGAGUAUCGGUAAGUUAUCUGCCUAAAAGUUCAGAUUCAGUAUCGGCUCUAAAAAAAAAAAGUAAAGAUAUCGGUCGAUCCCUAGUAAGUUCGGCAUGACAGUGCCGCUUUAAGAGCUGAAUGCUACACACUACACCCUUCUCCCUAUAUACCAUAUAAAACAAUAUUGGCUUUGGAACAUUUAAUAUAAAGUCACUGGAACUUCAGGGGUUAAUAUCAAUAGUGCAGUAGUCCUCUCAUUUUGUCCACUACUGCUGGGUGUUUAAGUGUGAGAGACAGAUCAGAAUACAAUGAGCCUGAAAUUCAAACACUUGACUAUUUGAAUCUUAAACUGACUUCUGCAACAGAUCUAAGGUUGUUAGUUUAUAAUGGGUGGGACGGUUUCUGUUGGUUCCUAUCUGCCCUUUAGGCCUCUGUUGGUCAUAUUACCAGAACAACCAGUUGGUGGGUCUUAAGCUCUUAGCACCAUGAACAAUAGAGCUCAUGUAGUCUACAUAUUCUGCCAAGUCAGGCUCUGAGUUCUUAAAUAGUUCUUCUUUUAAUGCACUCAAACAGCUCUUUAACCCCUUAAGGACCAAACUGGCAUAAAAGGGAAUCAUGACAUGUCAUGUGUCCUUAAGGGGUUAAAUAUUACUGCAGCCAUGACAGAAUGUCAUAACAUAGGUGUUUCAAAUUUGUUGCAGUAGAAAAAUAAGCUGCCUAGGCACACCCUAAUCCCCGUGGCCCGCGCUAUGUGCCUCCCUCCAUGGGCCACAGGAAGUGAGGGAGGCAGCUCAACUUGGUUCCUCUCGGUAACCGUGGCAACACUCAGAUCUCGCGAGAAUGAACUCUAGCCCCACAGGAUGGGGGGUUAGUGUUAACUCACCACUGGACCACCAGGGAUGGCAGCAGCACUGUUGCUCCCCCUACAAAAGGUUAGAAGGGAGGGUGGGAUAUUAACUAAAUGACCCGCACAUAUACAUCACCCUUAGACGCACAACCCUUACACACAUACACACAGCAGUGUAUGUGUGUGUGUAUAACUUAUAUAUAAAGACAAUGGUCUCGCUGUUUAUAUUCUGGUUAAUCCAGCCUUUAGUGGCUGUCUCAUUGACAGCCGCUAGAGGGCUUCUGCACUUCUCACUGAUUUUCAGUGAGAAGACGCCAGCGUCCAUAGGAAAGCAUUAUGAAUGCUUUCCUAUGGACUGGCUGAAUGCGCGCACGGGGCUCCUGCCGUGCAUUCAGCCGAAGAGGAGGAGAGCUCCUCGCCCGACGCUGGAGAAAGAGUUUAACCCCUUACUCCUUAGAGCCUGGCUGGGGGCACCCUCAGGGCACUAUAGUGGUCCUUUUAAGGGGUUAAAGCCGCUCCGCACUUUGUGUCCCGUUUUCUCCACCCAAAAUGUCUCUCAUAAAGACUGUUGGAGUUUGUGUGCUCUCUCGUGAGUGCACCACUGAGCAGGUGAAGAGCCAGGAACGGGAGGGCCAGCGGGAAGACACCUUGCUACAAGUAAAUAUACAAAAUGUAAAAGACCCCAGAAAUGUUCUUAUCUAGUGCAGUCCCGGUAUAGACUUACAACACUUGCAGAGCUUAAGGGCGUCCAGCGUCUAAGGGACUGAGUUGCUUAGUAUCAUAGAGGUGCUUCUAGAGGUUGUCUGAUAAACAGCCACUGGAGGCAGUCUUAGUCCUGCAAGGUAAUUAUUGCAGGAGUAAAUGGGACAGGCACUACACCUAGACCACUUCAAUUAGAAGAAGUGGCCUGGGUGCCUCUGUUGUGCCUUAACACCAAGUAUGAAAGGAAUACACAAGUGCGCAUGCAGAAUUUCCUUCACGUGCAUGGAGCAUCAUUGGUAUCACACCUCACCCUCUACACCAGGGUUUGAGAUAUAUGCUUUGAAUCUAGGAGCCAGUGGUGGGGGUGUGUGUGUGUGUUUUUUGUUUGUUUUUUUCAAAGCUGUUUAGUCACACUACCACUUAUUGCAUGAUCUUUGAUGUAAACCCUGCCUUUUCAGUGAAGAAAUCCUCCAGUUUUCAGUGUGAGCCCUAACACCAUACACCCUUGCUUGGGUGGUGUUAUAUGGAAUGUUUAGCUCAGCAGUAAGUACUUUUAUUCUUCUGAACCUCUGCAAGCCAAUGUCUACCUGUGGCAUUAUGUGCUUGUAGCUGCAGUAGAAGAUCUAAAAAGUUAGAUCACCCUGUCAACAAAUGCAGUGUUAUAUUAAAAGGGUUACUUUAAGCAUCAUAAACACUACCGCCUGCUGUAGUUAUGGUGCCCCAGUAAUGAGGCAAACCAUUCUUACAAUGGUUUGUCUUUUUGCCUAGGUUCCCAUGCACAGAAAUGACACUAAAAGGUCUGGAUCUCUAGUUGUAUUGCAGCUGUCUGAAACUUAAAUCAUGACUCUUGACACUUUCUUUCCAGGCUUCAGGUGUGGCUGUGUGUGAUAAAGUUAUCAAGACUUUCAAUGACAUGAAGGUGCGCAAAACUUCCACCACAGAGGAUAUGAAGAAACGCAAGAAGGCUAUCCUCUUCUGCUUAAGUCCUGAUAAGAAAACCAUUAUCCUAGAGGAGGGCAAGGAAAUUUUGGUUGGAGACAUCGGUACCACAGUUGAUGACCCCUACAAGACAUUUGUGAAAAUGCUACCCCUGGAUGACUGCCGUUAUGCCCUCUAUGAUGCCUGCUAUGAAACAAAUGAGACCAAGAAGGAGGAUCUGGUUUUCAUCCUCUGGUGAGCAUGUGCAAACUAGGGAAGAUAUUUAUAAAUCUGCUUCUAGCUUGGGGGAGUAAUGUAAAAUAAGACUGAAGCUAGAUGUCCAUUUUGUAUAUAACUUAGUGUGUGUAACUGGUUCUUGUGCCUCUGAUGAUCUGUUGCCUGAAAAUGGGGGGGGGGGGAUGUCCCGUUGACUGACUAACAUGUUUGUAGCAAACUGGAUUAAUCAUGCAUAAAUGGGCUCUUUUAUAAAAGUAAUAAGCUCCAAAACUGUUUUAGAAACUUUCAUUGUCUUGUUUUGGAAGAGACUACUAUAGUGAAAUACAACUUUUUAUUAAACCCUAGAAAAAGCAAUAUUUGCUCACACCCAAUUCUACAGCUCUGAGGCAGUGUCAUGGCAGCGAGACAAGGUGCUGGGGAAGUGACACACAAAUGGGGCUAUGGAGAAGGGCUGGGGAAGGGGCAAAGGAGAGAGGCUUUAGUCUGUUCAAUUAAACCUACAGGAUAUUUGGUAAAUUAUAACUAUUCAGAUUACUAAACUGGCAUUUCAUUUAAAAGACUGCCUAAAACUAAAUUGAAAUUUGCUGCCAAAAUUAACACUGCUCUGAGGAAAGUAGUGCUUAUCUAUGAAUCUGUCAGUCUAGAAGUCCUGCCAAAUUGUAUUGCACAACACAAACGUGGACACCCAGAAGCAUUUUGUGCAGCAGUGACUCCUUUCAAGAAUAGAUGACUACAGUUCUUCUUGAUAAUGGACAAAUUGUUUCAAAAGGCACUAAUAGCAGCUAUACAACUUUACUGUACAUAUUGGGCAAACUAUAAGCAUGUUUCUUUAGAUUACUAUAGAUAUGUUAAGAAUUUCAAAAUGGUGUUUAGUGUCUAUAUUUUUUAUUUUUUCCUCCUUUUUAGGUGCCCUGAUAAUGCUUCACUGAAAAGCAAAAUGAUCUAUGCCAGUUCUAAAGAUGCACUCAAGAAAAAAAUGACAGGUGAGUUGCUGCUUCUAAUGGAUUAUACUCUAAAGCACUGGAUUAAAAGCUCACAUAGGCUGUGCAUAGUGUGCCUUCCUUAAGGCAAAACGGAAGGUUUUGUGGAAGUAUUAGUUGGGUAGUGUAGCAUUUCCAG